UAUAACCUAAUAUACAGUGCAAGCACCGGGAUGUUAGGGACAACCGUUUUAAUCAACAAUUUAUCGACAAUUCUGUUAACAUUAUUAGUAUUAGUCUUAUUUUGCCACAAUGUGAAAGGCAUACCUAAUCUCAAUGAGACCUCACAGGAAGCGAUACUUGUAUUUACCGGCGAAGACGCCUUUAUUGACUGUAAAGUCAAAAACCAACAAAAUUAUACCAUUUUAUUCAAAUUUAUGGGCAAUGAUCCCGAUUCACAUAAAUUUGAUUUAUUAACCGCCGGUAAUAUCAUAGUCACUAGUGAUACCAGAUUUUCAAUAUUACAUCAAAAAGAACAUGACGUAUGGGUACUGAACAUCAAAAAUACCCGACUGUCCGAUUCGGGUAUCUAUAUGUGCGAAACCAAUUCAAAACCCCAGCAAAAGAUUGCCCGACUAUUGACAGUCAUUGACUCGGCAACGGAUACAACCGAUAAAACACUGUCGGACACUGUAUUAGCCGAAAUCAAUCACAACUAUACCGAGUGCUGUAUCGAUGAGGACGUACCCGAACUGUGUCAUCCGUUUUGUCUGAUGUCGGCCAUCGUCAACAAUGAUAUACCUCAGCGCACUGUCCGCCAGUGUUUGCCACACUUUCCCGGUAUUACCCGCUGUCUGAACGGCGGCCGCGAUAAUCUCCAGUGUUGUCGCCGCCAGAACAUACCGGUGCCGUGCGAAUCGGUAUGCGUCGGUAAUUUUACACUGAAUACGGUUACCGACCAUUUCCAGUGUAUGGACUAUGCGGCACCAGUACUGGCCUGUAUUGCCGAAGGCAUUGAAACAUUGCCGGCCCAGCCAUUGGACGUAAUGGUGGAACCGAUAUCGACUACCGAACUGAAAGUCAAAUGGUUUAAGACGGACAACCCGAGAGACGCACCGGCAGAUUCCUAUCAGAUAAAUGCUACACAAUUGCAUACAUUUGACGACCUAACCGAUACUAAUAGUAAUAAUAAUAAAAAACUAAACAAUUUGAGUAUCAAAGAUAACAGCCGUUCCGUAACUAACGGUACGAUAAUGUCGGUUACGGUCAAUGCAACAGUUAGUGAAUGGAUACUCAAAGAUAUGAAACCGUUUACUAUGUAUGAGAUCCAGAUGAAGGCCAUCAAUAAAUUUGGCUCGAGUUUACCUACAAAUUCGAUGCGUGUGCUAACACUGGCGCCCGAAACGGAUGUCCAAAAGAUACCGAAAUCGCAGUCAAAAACCGAUCCAAAAUUGCCGAACAUCCGGAAGUGUUGCAAAGAUAAUGGUGUAGUUUUGGACAGAUGUUUGGAUACAAUGUGCGAUCCGGUCCGUACAGAAACGGCCAGUCUAUCUGAUCUGAUGAUAUGCGCGCCCUGGGCAAACGUAACCUUCAAAUGUAUGUCAUUGGAGACAACCGAAGAUGGAUUUACCGAUCAUUCCAGUUGUUGUCAACAGAGAGGCGUUUCGCCGGUUUGUAUGUCUCUAUGCAAAGGAAAUGUCAAACGAAUUGAUUUUCGACAUUUCAUAUGUUUAGAGCAUAUGUCGACAUACACAAAUUGCAUACUAUCUCAUCAUAAAGUGUUGGCCAGCGAACCGCAAGAUUUCCGGGUAUCAAACGUCCAUCACAAUUGGGCUAUUGUCAAGUGGAGACAACCGAAAAAGUUGGCCCAUACGGUCACCAAAUAUUAUAUACACUGGCGGGAGACGUCCAGCGAAUCGCCGAACAUCUAUCAGGUGGACGUGGCCUCCCGAUCGCCACAUUUGAUCGACAAUCUGAAACCCGGCUACCGAUACGAGGCAUUUGUUUCGGCUGUCAACGACUACGGUUCGAGUGAGGGCUCGGUUCGGGUAAUAUUCUCGACACCCGGGUAUUCGACAGCCGACGAACGAGAGUUAGACGAGUCGCAUAUGGCCUACAACGAGACGGCCUGUUGUCUGCGGGCAUCGUUACCGAAAAAAUGUCAGCCACUGUGUUCGUACAAAGUCAAAGUACAGGAUGUUUUCAAUUUGUCGUCAAUAUGUGUCGAUUCGUUGGCCACACUAGUCAGGUGUGCAACCGGUGGCCGCAAUCAUGUGCCGUGUUGUCGGCGACGCGAUGUCAGUUCGGAGUGUCUGAACGUUUGUGCCGGUCUGGUCGAUACGGCACCGUUGGUUACGGCCAACCGGUGUUCACAAGAUUUUGGCCGUAUUCUCCAGUGUAUGGAAGAGGGCACCGGCCUAUUGCCGGGAAUGCCCAUCGGAUUGCAUGCUAACUAUAUUACCAAAAACAGUGUACACUUGCAGUGGAAACCGGCAUUGGAGGACAUGGAUGCCAAACAUGUUAGCUAUCAGGUUCGGUACGGAAAGACAGAUAAUAUGAUACCAUUGCAUCCGUUAGAUCAUACAAACACCAAGAAUGCUACACAAACUAAGGCAAUCAUCGAUGGUCUUCAACCCAAUACACACUACAGUGUCUAUAUUACAGCACAUAAUCUAUACGGUGUUUCGCUACCAUCGCUGGUACUGUUGAUCAAAACAAGCGAUUCCGAUGAAUCUGAUCAGCGACUGGUUGUUCACUCGAAGACAGGACCGCCUCAUUCGCUGGAAUUGAUUCGACAAACUGUCGAUACGAUUACAAUGAAAUGGUUACCACCGUUGUAUGUACCCAUCGAUACCACCAUCAGCUAUAUUGUCUACUAUAAGGCCAUCAACGGUACAGCUUUGACCGGUUCGUCGACGAUGAUGUCGACCAAUCCGGACAAAAACAAUUGGUUCAGUUUGUAUACACCGUAUACGACAAUCUAUUUGAAAAACUUGACCUACAAUACCGAGUACGCACUGGCCGUUCAAGCGGUUACCGAUCGUAACGAUACGAGUAGUACAUCGGAAAUUGUAUUGGUCUGGACAGAUCCGGCCAUACCGACGGCCUUGCAAAUGCCGCUAAUCAUACCGGCCGGACCUAUUGUCGAGGGAACCAACAUAACAGUGAUGUGUAUAGCAAUGGGUACACCCGUACCGAAAACAUCGUUGUUUGUGAACGGCAUACUUGUCGGGCAACAAAACAGCCGACACAUGGCCUAUACUCUGGCCAAUGUUAACCGUAAUUUGACGGUAAUAUCGUGCUAUGCGGUUAACGGCGAAGGAAAGGACGCACAUUCGGCCCAAAGCUCUUUAGAUGUUUAUGUCAGAUUCAAACCAAGCGCUGUUGUGACCGCACCACAGGUAACCACAUCGGCUAUCGGUGCGACCACUCGACUGUUUUGUAUUGUUUCCGGCAAUCCUCAGCCCCGAGUCUUUUGGUACAAACAAAACAAUACAGAUAUCGUCCAAAUUUAUGGCAACAAUAACUAUAAUUUUAUAACUGUUCCGCACUCUGAGUUUCCGAUGACUUAUGUAUUUACUUUACUGAUAAAAUCGACACAACCUGCAGAUGACGGCAAUUAUAUGUGUACCACUGAAAAUGAUUUUGGCAAACUGGUCACCACAUUGACACUACAGGUCACUGAACAACGGGUCACACCACGCAACUCGACCAGCUGUUGUGUUGAACAGGGAGUCAGUCAACAGUGUCUCGGAGUUUGUUCGCUGGAUGUGGACAUUGAAUCGGCACUUUCACGGCCCGAAUGUUUCGGCGAAUUAGACAAACUAAUGAACUGUGCGGCCGACGGUAGUGAUCACCGGCAGUGUUGCCGACGACGUCAAGUGCCGAACGGCUGCCUUCGCUGGUGUGCCGGUCUUCGAGUGGGUAUACCGUCGCUGUGUGUACUGUCGUCCGCCCGCGAAAUCAUCUCAUGCUUUCAGGAGGGCCGAGCCCUACUACCCGGUCCACCGAUUAAUAUCCAAAUCGGACAGUUUAUUGGCGACAAUACCAUACGAAUCGAGUGGACACCGCCCGAGAAAAAUGCCGAAUUGGUUCAAUGGUAUCGAGUUUUCUGGAGACCGGUCGGUUCCAGGGAUCUGAUGCGCAACCAAACCGAUGGCCUAUCGUUUGAUUUGACUAAUCUGGAAGCGGACAAAAUGUAUGAAUUUGUGGUCAAAUCGGGCAAUCAUUACGGUCUCAGUGUAUUUACCGAUCCCCUGGUUGUUUCACUGACCCAAUCGCCCUUACAUUCGACAUCAUUGGGCAAUAAACUACUGAAAGUUAUGUUAGGCAUAGCUGUCGGUACCGUACUAUUGAUAAUGUCGUUGACGGCUAUUAUAUAUUAUUAUAAAUUUUAUUAUAUAACCAACAAAUCAAACCCGACGAGAGGCGUAUCGUUUGAGAAUCCGACUUAUCUGAAGGAUACCAAUACUAUACAGUUUAACGAUACAACUAGUGGUGGAUCAGUACUUAACAACAACAACAACAACGGUAGCGGUAAUGGUGUCCAUAACGGUGUAGUGGUCGUCGGUAACGGUGCCGCUGCCGAUGUUAUAGCUGACAGUCAAACCUAAGAUGAAGAAAAAAAC